AUUAUUUAUGUUCAUCAUAUAUAUUCAUUUGAUAAUGGUUUUAUUUUUAGAUUUCCUUAAAGAAAGCAUAACUCAACCACAUGCAGUUGCCCCAGAACCAGCUUCCCAAAAAGAGAAAAGGAAAUCCUGGGGAAAACAGGAGCAUACUAAUGCUUAUCUAAAAGCUAGGGAAGUCAAUUUUUUGUCAUAUGACACAACAGAACCAGAAGAUGAUGAUGUCAUAAGACAUAUUACUAGGCUAAGAGAAAAGCUUGGUUGGCAAACUGCCUUAUCACCAAAAGACUUUAAAUAUGAUGAUCCCAAAAUUGCAGUUCAGAAGAUUAUCCUAAAGGAGCCUUUAAAAGAUGAUGGGGAAUUUGUAUAUUGCAUUCCUCGGUAUAAUCCUAACGGCCUUUCCAAUCCAUAUGAUCCUCAAGUAGUCUCUACCCAUAGAGCUAAAAAAUGCAAAGAAUUUUGGAUUAUUACCGCUUCAUUUGUCUCAAAGGUUAUUAAAAUAAGUGACAAUACAGAAGACGUGGAGCUCACACCUGUUUUGGAAUGGCUAUCAGAAAGACAUUUUUACUAUUUAUUACAACAAUUUAAGAUAUUUUCCAAAUUUCGAAUGAAUAAAGCUUUUGUUAUCUGGAAGUUGAAUGUUAAAAGAAUUAAGAUAGAGAAGAGCAAGACAUUUUUGUACCACAAUCUUUUUUGGGCUGAUGAGAUAUUUCAAAUAUGUUUGCUUUAUGUAAAAGGACUUUGUGAAGAUGCAAUUAAUCUCAAAAAUGAUAAUGAACACAAAGAUAAUACAUCUGCUAUAUGGCUUGUAAAGCUGGAUACUUCUCGAACAUAUUCUCUAGAUGAAUUUUGUGAAGAACAGUUUCAGCAAACUACUCGGGCACUGAAACAACUUGAAGAUAUUAGGGAUAAAGCAAUUUCAAAAGUGAAAAGUACAAUCUUAAAGGUUGCAGAAAAGAAAGAAAUUAAAGAAUAUUUUGAAUCAAAGUCAUUUGAAGGUGAAACAACACAUUUCAAGUUGUGUGCAUAUCGGCAUUUAUUGGAAACAGGUUACAGGUUUAUGAUGCUGAUUGACUGCAUACUUCAGGAACUCAUCCGUCAACUUAUGAACAUUGCAGUCACACUACUUUUGGAAGAAUUUAAUGGUUCUGCUAGAAUGCCACUUUCAGCAGAAAAGAAGAAUGAAAAUCUCAUUGGAACAUUCAAGGACAACUUUUUUCCUGUUGGAAAGAUAACAAAUGAUUGCGAUGAACUGGUUAAUUCAAACUCAGAUAGUUUUUCUGUUCAAAAUUCAGAAGUAAAAACAAACACUGAUAUUAAUGAGGUUUUGAGUGGCAUUAAAGUGGAGAAGAAUCUGAGAAAAAUAUAUGCCCCAAUAUUUGAAGUAAAUCUACACUUGAGAACUCCUUCUGAGAGUUAUUCUCCAGAAAAUUCUCAAGAGAACUUUCCUGAGACUGACCAGGGCCCUGAAAAAUGUAUGACAUGUGAAGAAGAUGAAAUGUCAGAAAAUGAAUAUAAUGUCAAAAAUGACUUAAGUGAAGAACUGCUCCCAAAAGCCAAGGAACCACAGAUGUUUUCUUAUAACUUUGAAGACAUUUCAGAAACUACGAUUGAUUUGGAGAAUAAAAACUUGAAUGAUAAAGUUCCAGAAUUCCCUACAAAUCUCCUUAUAGAUCCCAAUAGAUUAGAGUUUUCAAUAAAAAUCCAAAAUAUGGUGAAUACUAUGGAAAACUAUAUAACCAAAAUUACUCCUCUUUACCAAGAUCCCCGCCUGUCUAUCUUUAUUGAUUGGAUUUCAAUUAUGGAUUUAUCAAAAAAAACUAGAUGGCCAGAUUGUCAGCUACUUUUUGAAAUGGAUACUGCCUAUCAAAAUAAAAUUGUGAAUCUCCUGACUGUUAUUGGUGAUUCAAUGGGCCUAGUUAGUAUUUACAGCUACAAGUUUCUAAAAUAUUGUACCAUGGUUGAGAAAGCCAAAGUCAUGAGUAUGAAAAUAUCAUCUUUGAAAGAAUUAUCUUCAGCACAGUUUAAAACUAUUCUACAUAAAUUUCAAAACUACUUUCGAUGUGUUUUGACUAUGACCAUUGAGAAGCGAAUUGGUAUUUUCAAUGUUUUAAGUUUUGAUUAUCAAUCAGAAUGCUUACCAUACAUUGAAAACAUCCUACAGAUAACCCACGGCCUCUUGAGAUCUGUAAUUGAGAAAAAAAGUACAAAGCUAUGGAAAAUCAUAGAAUCCGCACUGCAACAGCUGGAAUCCAAGCCCACUGAAGUAGAAGAAUUUGUGGAACACUUCACUUUUUUGGAAGCGAUUUCAUCCAAAAUAUUUCAAUUAGAAGAUGAGUACUUAACAAUUAAUCAGUUGUAUUCUGUUGUGAGAUAUUACCAUUUAUAUAUUUCAGAAGAGCAAAUUGCCAUAUAUAAAAUUCUUUUUGCCAAGUUUCAUCAACUAAAAACAACUAUAAAGUUAAAUAAAACAAACAGGGAGGCUGCCAUAACAAAAUUCAGGGAAAAAUUGGAAGCAAAUAUUGCUGGUCUACGAGUGGACGUUAGUAAUUUAAAAGCCAACAUAGGAACUCCUGUUCUGUUUUUUAUUGGUACUCGAGUGCAAAUGGCAAUGGAAAUGAUUCGGACUUUCUCAGAGGAAGCUGCACGUUUGGUUAACAAAAUUAAAACCUACUCAAGCUAUCAGGAUCAUUUUGACGAUCACCAAUAUCAUAUGCAUUCUCUUAAUAUGGAAGAAAUUACAAAUAUUGUGCUCUCAGAAAUCUCUGACAUUGAAUGUGACUUAAGUUUGAGGAAAAUGUUAUGGGAAGCACAAGAUGAAUGGGAAAAGUACUUCUGGGAAUGGAGGAAGUGUUCUCUUCAAAGUAUUGAUGUAGAAUUAGUACAGAGAACUAUUACAAAAUUGCUGAAUAUAAUCAUUGUACUAGAAAAAGGUUUACCUAAAAAUGAUUUGUUAACACAUCUUAAGCAAUCGGUGAUGAAUUUUAAACAACAUCUACCAAUCAUCACAGCACUGGGAAACCCGUGUCUCAAGCAGAGGCACUGGGAGGCUCUCCAGGAGAUUAUUGGAAAGUCAAUUAACCUAGAUAAAAACUGUACUGUGGAGAAUCUUCUAAGCCUCAAGAUAUUUCAGUUUGAAAACAAAAUAAAUGAAAUAUCAAACUCAGCAACUAAUGAAGCUGCUCUUGAAAAAAUGCUAUUCAAGAUUAUCAAUCUUUGGAACACUACCCCUUUACGUGUAGUUCUUCAUCACACAGAGAUGUACUCUAUCCUAAUAAUUUCAUCUAAUUUCAUAGAUGAUAUAUUUGCUCAGUUAGAAGAAUCUCAAAUCUUACUUGCAACAAUUAAAGGAUCUCCCUAUCUCGAACCCAUUAAGGAUCUUGUGAAUGAAUGGGAUCAAUACCUUAAACUCUUUUCUCAUACCCUUGAGGUAUGGAUGAACUGUCAAAAACAAUGGCUUUAUCUUGAACCAAUCUUCCAUUCUUUAGAAAUACAAAGGCAGCUUCCAGCAGAAACAAAACUUUUCUCUGAGGUGCUCUCCCUAUGGAAAGAAAUAAUGUCAAAAAUACAUGGCAAACUGGAAGCUUUGCAAAUAACCAUCUCGGCAGGAAUUCUUGAAGUUCUGCAAAAUUGCAAUAGACAUCUUGAGCAUAUAAAGAAAAGUCUAGAGGAUUACCUUGAAAUCAAAAGAACGAUUUUCCCAAGAUUUUACUUUCUUAGCAAUGCUACACUUCUUGAUAUUCUAGGUGGCAGUGAAAAUCCUGAGUCUGUACAGCCCCAUCUUAAGAAAUGUUUUGAAAACAUAAAACGAGUGUUGAUAUGGAAACAAGAAAUUGGCCUUCCUGCUGUAAAAAUGCUCAUAUCUGCUGAAGGAGAAGGUCUUGUGCUGCCAAAGAAAAUUCGUAUAAGAAGUGCUGUAGAACAGUGGCUGGUAAAUGUAGAAAAAGCCAUGUUUGAUGUGCUAAAAAAAUUUGUGAAUCAAGGAGUUGAAGACUGGACCCACCAAAAUUUUUCCCUGUGGGUGGUAUCUCAUCCAGGACAAGUGGUACUCAUUGUGAGUCAAAUCAUGUUCUAUAAUGAUUGUAUCAAAAGUUUUAUGAGUUCUCACUCAAAAAAAAAGCUGGAACAAGUCCAUUCUAAUGUGAUGUGUCAUCUAGAAGAGGCUGCAGAACUAGUAGUGUUACAUACUAACACCUCUCGAACAAAAACUGCACUAGGAGCAUUUCUUACUCUUUAUGUCCACUGCAGAGAUAUUGUGAUGGAUCUACUACUUACAAAUGUCUUCAAUGCAGAAGAUUUUGAGUGGACGAGACAUUUGCAGUAUAAAUGGAAUGAAAAGCAAAAGUUGUGUUACGUGUGUCAAGGAGAUGCCAGUUUUACUUAUGGCUAUGAAUACUUGGGCUGUACCCCAAGGUUGGUUAUUACACCCCUCACAGACCGAUGCUGGCUAACCCUCACAGCAGCGCUACACUUGAAUCUUGGAGGCUGUACUGCUGGUCCAGCUAGUGUAGGAAAAACUGAGACUGUCAAAGAUCUGGCAAAAGCCUUAGGUAAAUAUUGUGUAGUCUGCAGUUGUUCUGAAGAUUUGGAUUAUAAGAUAGUAGAAAAAUUCUUUUUUGGACUAGUUCAGUCAGGUGUUUGGUGUUGUUUCGAUGAAUUCAAUAGAAUUGAUAUGGAAGUUGUCUCUGUCAUUGCCUCACAGAUACAAACAAUUAAGGCUGCAAAAGACAGCUAUUCUGUCAGAUUUGUACUGGGUGGAAAAGAAAUUCGUAUCAAUAUGUCUUGUGCAGUCUUUAUCACCCUGAAUCCUGUCUCUGGAGGUCGAGUAGAACUCCCAGAUAAUUUAAAAUCUCUGUUUCGCCCAGUGGCUAUGAUAGUGCCCCACUAUCAAAUGAUUAUUGAAAUAAUACUGUUUUCAUUUGGUUUCAAAUCUGCAAAAUCAAUCUCUGGAAAGCUAGCUAGCCUUUAUGAAUUAGCUAGCAAACAGCUCUCACAACAAGAUCAUUAUGAUUUUGGCCUGAGGUCUCUGAAGAGAGUUUUAAUAAUGGCUAAAAAGAAGAAAGAAGAGUUUAAGUGUGACACCAGUGAUAAUCCUUCUGAAGUAGAUGAAACUACAAUUGUUAUAGAGGCCAUAAGAGAAUCUAGUUCAUCAAAAUUCAUUCCUGAAGAUGAUGCACUUUUUGAAAUGAUUAUAGGAGAUUUUUUUCCUGGAGUGAUUGUUUCAAAAGUAAAUCAACUUGCCUUGGAGAAAGUGAUAUAUAUUGCAACACAACAAUUAGGCUUACAACACUGGUCACCUCAGAAAGAGAAGAUCGUUCAGUUUUAUAAUCAACUUCAGGCUUGCGUUGGUGUGAUGUUAGUGGGCCCAACGGGUGGAGGAAAAACAACAAUCAGAAGAAUUUUAGAAAAAGCACUAAUACUAUUACCAGUUGUAGACAUGUUAUCAAUUAAGCAAAGGGAAUCUUAUUCAAAGAUUUCAGUAAAAAAAGGAAAAGUAGAUCUUUGUGUCUUAAAUCCAAAGUGCAUCACUCUUAAUGAACUAUAUGGACAAUUGGAUCCUAAUACUAUGGAAUGGACUGAUGGCUUAUUAUCAGCAACAUUUCGAAAUUAUGUGUACUCAAAGAAAAACAUGGAUAUUGGACUAAAUUCAAGAAUCUCAGGUUUAUCUGCUGUUUUCAAACUUGGUUCCUCUGAUUCAGCAGAUAUUGAUGAUACUGUUUUUCUGAAUGAGUUAGAGAAAAUUGAAAAAUGCCCACAAAUUCCAAAUUUUGACUGGCAGUGGAUUAUCUUAGAUGGUCCAGUGGAUACUUUGUGGAUAGAGAAUCUAAAUUCUGUGUUUGAUGAAACUAGAACACUGUUCCUAGCAAACAGUGAGAGAAUAGUUUUAACUAGCAAGAUAAGAGUUAUUUUUGAAAUGGAUACUCUCUCUCAGGCCAGUCCUGCUACUGUCAGCCGGUGUGCAAUGAUAUAUAUGGAUCCUGUUGAUCUGGGAUGGGAGCCUUAUGUCAAGUCAUGGCUUUCAAAAACCUCUAAAAUCAUGAAUCAAUCAGGAGUGGAGUGUCUUGAAUUCUUGAUUCACAAAAGUGUCACUGAUGGACUAAAAUUUAUAAAGAAGCAUCAGAAAUUUCAGCCAUUUCCUGUACAGGACAUAACAGUUAUUAUAACUCUCUGCAGAAUUCUUGAUGCUUUCUUUGAAUUCAUGAGUAGAAACGGAGGAUUUGGAGAAGGUGAGUUUUUCCCCCUAAGUCACAUUAAUGAUAUUACAGCUUUGCCAGUCAAUAGCAAUUUAUCAUCUUCUGUAAAAGAAAAUGAAUCCCACCAACGCAAUAAAAAUCUAUGGUAUCUGGAGAAAAAUCCUGAUAAAUUAACAAUAAUGAUUCAAAAGCUUUAUGUGUUUGCUUUUACUUGGGCAUUUGGAGGAAGUUUAAAGCAUGAAGAUGAACAUGAAGAUGAUACACUAUAUUAUCCAGCUUUUGAGCCUGAUUCUGUUUUGGAAGUAACCUAUGAUUUUGACAAACUUGUACGUGAAUUAUUUGAAGACAAUUCACAAGGAGGUAUCAGUCUACCAACUGGUGAACGGUCUAUCUUUGGGUAUUUUGUGGACAUGCUACAAUGUGAAUUCAUACCUUGGUCAGAUUUAGUUCCUAAUAUUCAGACAUUAAUUCAAAGAGGGACUUCAUUACUGACUGACAUUCGAGAAUCUGGUGACAACAUAUUGAAGAUGAUAGAAUGUGGAGAGUACAUUAAUUAUGUUGCUACCAGAGACACAACAUGCCUUUCUUUUCUCAUGAGCCUUCUCUUAAAGAAUUCCUGCCCUGUGCUUCUCACAGGAGAAUGUGGUGUUGGGAAAACUGCUACCAUUAACCAAAUGCUUGAAAAGUUAGAGAACUCCGGAGCAUUUGAUAUAAAAUAUGGGUCAAUUUUAGGAGAUGUCCUAUUACAUAAUGAGAUCAAAAAAUCAAGCCUAAAGCAGAACAUCAGCGUCUUGUUUACUGAAACCCAUAAGAUAUCAAGUAGAAAACAUGAUAAUUCUACUAAGAAGCUGUAUGACAAAACUGAUGAAAGUCAUAAAGGAAUUAUAGUUUCUGCAAUAAAUUUUAGCACCAAUAUGACAGUUGCCAAAAUGAAGGAGAUGAUUCUUAAAAAGUUAGUGAGAAAAAAUAAAGACACUCUUGGAGCACCUAAAAACAGCAGGAUUAUAAUAUUUAUUGAUGACAUGAAUACUCCAGGAUCUGAUAUGUAUGAAGCACAGCCACCACUGGAACUGAUCAGACAAUUGUUAGACAUGGGAGGGGUUUAUGAUACUAAAAGAAAUGUAUGGAAGAAUAUUGAAGAUCAUGCUAUAGUUGCAGCCUGUGUUCCUCCAAUCGGUAAAAACAACAUUAGCCCACGUCUCCUCAAGCACUUUUCCAUCCUGGUUUUGCCUCAUCCUCCAAAGAGUGCCCUGCGGACUAUUUUCCAGGCUCAUUUGGCAAUGUAUUUCUUCAUCAAUAACUUCUCACCUGAUGUUCGGAAAUAUAAGGAUCAGAUAAUAUCUUGUUCCCUCACUAUGUACUACCAAGUGUGUAAAUGUAUGUUACCAACUCCAACAAAAUGCCACUACAUGUUUAAUCUUCGAGACGUGUUUAAGCUUCUCCUAGGAAUUCUACAAGCUGACAGGACUAUUAUUAACUCCAAAGAAAUGCUUGCUCUACUCUUUGUUCAUGAAGCCACCCGGGUGUUUCAUGAUCGCUUAAUUGAAGCCACUGAAAAAAGCUUUUUCUGUCAGUUGCUUUCAAAGGAACUUGAGAACUAUUUCCAGAUUAAGUGGACUCCAGAAAACCUGAUGAAUGACCCAACUGUAUUUGUGGACUUCUUGGAUAUAAACAAGACUCUUAAAAAAAAAAUCUAUCAGAAUACUAAUGACUAUGAUAAACUUGCCAGCAUACUUAAAGAAUUCCAAAUGAAGUUGGGUUCAACAUCUUUGGAGAUUCCUCAUCCCAUGGUGUUCUUUAAGGAAGCCAUAGAACAUGUCAUAAGAGCUACAAGGGUCCUUCGACAACCAGGGAGUCAUAUGUUAUUGAUUGGAACAGAUGGCUGUGGAAAACAAACUUGUGCAACCUUAGCCUGUUAUGUGGCAGAACACAAACUAUACCGAGUGCCUGUAUCUCGCAAUUAUGCCUACACAGAAUUCAAAGAAGUCCUUAAAAAGGUGUUUCUUCAAACAGGGUUAGAAGGGAAUGCCACUGUUCUGAUGGUUUCUAACUUAUCCCUAGAACAUAAAUUACUUUUGGAAGAUUUGAGCUACACUGUCAGUUCAGGAAAAAUACCUAACUUGUUUGAAAAUGAAGAGCUGGAUUCUAUCGCAAUGAGGAUUCGAUCUUUGGCUGAACAAUCUGGCUAUGUGGAUGACAGACAAUCUUUACUUGCAUUCUUCCAAAAGAGAAUAUAUAAAUAUCUUCAUAUUUUUAUAAUCAUGAAUCCUGCAGGACCUAACCUGCGCCAAAAUUGUAGAGCAUACCCUUCUAUGAUUAGCUCCUGCACAAUGGAUUGGUACCAUAAGUGGCCAGAAGAAGCUCUCCUUCUUGUAGCCAACUCUUUCUUAAUGGAAAAGGUGGAUUUAGAGAACAAAGAGAACUUAAAUGAAAACUUUGCCCCAACAUGUGUUCAAAUCCACAAAAGCAUAAAUGACUUGAUCCCAAAAUAUUUUCAAGAAACUGGAAGGCAUUAUUAUAUCACUCCCAGAACCUACUUGCAGUUCAUGGAAACAUUUUCAUACAUUUUGAGGUCACAAAAAGAGGAAAUGCAAAUAAAGAGGUGCCGUUUCCACAUAGGCCAAUCCAAGAUCCUGGAAGCAACCACACUAGUUACAGAAAUGCAGGAGGAGCUCUUGAUUCUUGGCCCCAAAAUCGAACAGAAAACAAAGGAAAUAGAAGCUCUGAUGGAAAAACUCGAGAAAGAUUCACAAGUAGUUGAGAAAGUUCAGAUACUUGUUAAACAGGAUGAAGAAAUUAUGGCAGAAGAAGUAAGAAUUGUGGAAGAUUAUGCUCAGAAAACUGCCAAUGAACUAAAAAGUGUGCUACCAGCUAUAGAAAAUGCAAUCGUUGACCUAAAUGCCCUGGAUAAAUCUGAUGUUGCUGAAUUAAGGGUGUACACAAAGCCUCCCUUCCUUGUGCUGACUGUCAUGAAUGCAGUGUGUAUUCUUCUGCAAAAGAAAGCUAACUGGGCAACGGCAAAGCUGCUUCUUUCAGAAACUGGUUUUCUAAAGAAACUGAUUAAUCUUGACAAGGACAACAUACCUGAUAAGGUUUUCCUGAAACUGAAAAAAAUUUUAAGCUUGCCUGAUUUCAACCCAACCAAGCUUGCUCUGAUUUCUGUUGCUUGCCGCUCUAUGUGCCAGUGGGUUAUAGCUUUGAACAACUAUCAUGAAGUACGGAAGGUGGUAGUCCCUAAACAAAACCAAGUGGCUGAAGCUCAAAGUGUUCUAAAAAUUGCACAACAAAGGUUGGCUGAAAAACAGAGAGGUUUACAGCUGAUUGAAGAACACUUGCAGUUUCUGCAGGCGGCCUACAAAGAUAUUGUUGCCGAAAAACAACUAUUAGCAAAUCGGAAAAAACUGGUCACCAAGCGCUUGCAAUGUGCAGCUGUUUUGCUGACUGUCCUAGACGAGGAGAAGGCUCGAUGGCAAGAAAUAAUCAAUCACAUCGAUAACAAGCUAGAGAGGAUCCUGGGUGACAUGCUGCUAUCAGCAGCAUGCAUCGUCUACAGUGGAGUUUUAACACCAGAAUUCCGCCAGCUGAUUGUGAAUAAAUGGGAGAAAUUUUGCGUUGAAAACAACAUUUCCUUGUCUUCCAACUUUUCUUUAAUUGAAGCAAUGGCACAAGAACCUGAGAUACGCCAAUGGCAUAAUCAGGGGUUACCUCUUGGUCAGAACUCAAUAGAGAAUGCCAUCUUGAUCAAGAAUUGCCAGCAGUGGCCACUGAUGAUUGACCCACACAAGCAAGCACACAAGUGGAUCCAACAGAUGGAAGGACUUGGGCUGCAAGAGCUCUCUGCUGAGGAUAACAAUUACUCCAAAAAGAUUGAAAAUGCUAUGAAAACAGGAGAGAGUGUCUUCUUGAAGAAUCUCCCUGAAACAUUUUCUCCAGGCUUGAUGGCAGUUCUGAAGAAGGAUAUCUAUCAGAAAAGAGGGCAAUAUUUCAUAAGAAUUGAUGACUAUGAGAUUGAAUACAAUUCCAAAUUUAGGUUAUACUUAUCUACAGAAAUAGACAAUCCCCAUUUUCUUCCAUCAGUUUAUAAUUUUGUUACUAUGAUCAAUGUCAUAGUAACAUUCCAAGGUUUGCAAGAUCAACUCUUAUCUACUAUAUUAAGUCAUGAAGUUCCUCAUUUAGAAUAUCAACGCUUCCAGGUUUUAGACAGUAUUUCUCUUGGUGCUAUAACUAUUGAAGAACUGGAAAAAGAAACAUUGAACUUACUACAGAAAUCACAAGGAUGCAUAUUAGAUGAUGAGGAAAUGAUAGAUACCUUAAGAAAAUCCAAAAUAAUUUCAAAUGAAAUUUCAAGACGCAAUGAAGCAACAGAAAAAGAAAAAAGUGAAAUGCAAGCAACAUAUAAAAACUACCUCCCCAUUGCUACUCGAGGUGCCCUGCUCUACUUUCUAGUGGCUGAUCUUACACAACUCAACUGCAUGUACCAGUUCUCCCUGGACUGGUUUCAUCGGGUUUUUGUUUUAUCAGUAGUUUCCAAAAACAAAGAACAGGAAAGUGGCUUGAAAAUGGAGAAAACAUCUCUGAAAAAUGUUCAUUUGAUUAUGAAUACCUCAGAAGAACCUAACUUGGAGAGAGAAAAAAAUUGUUUAGACAAGCAUGUUAAAAAUGCAGUAGAUGUGUUGACAAGAAAUAUUUUUAAGGUGGUUUCUUCAGCUCUGUUUAAUGAACAUAAACUCUGCUUCUCCUUUCGGCUUUGCACUGCAAUCAUGCAAAAUAAUGCUAAUGGAAAUCUAAUGCAGGAUGACAUUGGAUUCCUAUCAGAAGAAGAAUGGAAUAUCUUUUUAUAUUCUGGCUUAUUGAUAAAUAUUAAAAGUGUACUACCCAAGCCUAGACUUAAUAGCAUAUUUGAAAUAUGUAAAGAUCAUCAUCUUCAGUGGCUGCCAGAUUCAAAAUGGAAGCAAUGUCAAUAUGUCAGCAGCCAGCUGGAACCAUUUUUACUCCUGUGCGAAUCUCUUGUAUCAAAUAUACCACAAUGGAAUGCUUUUAAGAACAGCAAGGCCAUAUAUUCUCUAAUUAGCACACCAUUCAAUCCAGAAAAUGAUUUAUCAGAGGAAAGUAGGAAAUCACCAGGAGAAAGUGAACUUUUGAGUGAAAAUGAAGAAAUGUGUAAUCCUACAACUUUUCCCUGGGAGAAACUCACUCCAUUUCAAAGACUUAUUUUGAUAAAAAUUCUUAGACCAGAACAUUUAACCAGUGCAGUGAGAACAUUUGUAACUGAAAAAAUGGGAAGUGAAUUUCUUCUCGGAGCUGGAAUUAAUUUGAAAGAAUCAUAUGAAGAAUCCACUGCCAAAACUCCAUUGAUCUUUAUUCACUCCAAUGGAAUUGACCUCACCAAUAUUCUCCUGAGAUUUGCACAAGAAUUAAAAGGAACAACGGAACACGUGACCAUGAUUUCCUUGAGUCAUGGCCAGGCAACCGAAGCAGAAGACCUCAUUGUUCAGGCACUAACUAAAAGGCAUCAAUGGGUCUUCCUGCAGAACUGCCACCUUGCAGGGUCAUUCAUGCCAAAGCUCUGCACCAUUGUUGAAUCACUUAAUAGAAGAAAUGUGACAUUAGACCCUGAAUUUAGGCUCUGGCUAAGUUCAAAGACAGACAGUUCUUUCCCAGCCCCCAUCCUUCAAAAGAGUAUCAAGAUUGCCAUGGAACCUAUCCAGGGACUGAAAAGCAAUUUGCUUCAAAUGUUUGGUGGAAGUGGAGAGGUGACAGAAGAGAUAUUUGAAAACCCCAACUGUGGACAAUGGUGGAAAAAACUAUUAUUCAGCCUAUGUUUUUUCAAUGCUGUGAUCAAUGAAAGAAAAAAUUAUGGUACAUGGGGCUGGAAUAUUGCUUAUAAAUUUAUUUCUUCAGACUUGGAGUUUUCCAUAAAGGUCUUGGCAAAUGUCCUGAGUAAAGAGUCUGAAAUUCCGUGGCCAUCUGUGCGCUACUUGAUCGGGGAAGUGAUUUCUGGCAGCCGGGUUACUGAUAUCUGGGACAAGCGAUGCUUAAAGACACUCCUCUACAAAUUUUGCAAUCCUGAAGUGCUGAAAGAUGACUUCAGUUUCUCUAGUGAUGCAAUGUGUCAACACAUACCAGAAUCUGCAAGCAUAAAAGACUGCAUACACAUUAUCGAGUCUUUACCCGAAGAUGAUUCACCCGAGAUCUUAGGAAUACACCCUGAGGCCCAAAGGAGCAUCAGGGAGAUCCAGGGCCAGAAGUUUAUCGAAAAUCUCAUUGCCCUGCAACCAAAAACUACCACUGACAAACUCACGAUCAAUCCUCAUCAGAGUAAUAAUGAACUCAUGAUAGAAAUUGUAUCUGACCUACUGAAGCGCCUGCCGCUGACAGUGGAGAAAGAAGUGUGCCCCAGCACAUUGAAAAGUCUCCUGUCCAGCUCCAUUUGGGAGUCUCUCUAUAAAAAUAUCAAAGGCCAUGAUCCCCUUAUCCAUUGUGUCUUAAUAGUCUUUUUGAACCAAGAAAUAGGACGAUUUAAUAAGCUAUUAAGUGUCAUACAUAAAUCUUUAAAAGAUCUUCAACUUGCUCUAAAAGGAGAGAGCAUCCUCACUCAAGAACUGGAAGAAAUACACGACUCUCUUCUCAAUACAAAAGUUCCCUUACUGUGGCAGAAAUAUGCCUACAAGUCAUGCAGGUCCCUAAGCUCCUGGGUUAAUGAUCUCAUGCAGCGACUGGAUUUCUUCAAUACCUGGGCCAAAGUGGCUUACACUGCAAUACAUCGUCGGUACAUGAGAUUCAUCACAACUUCAAAUGAAACUGCUUUAUCACCUAGUCAAAGCUUCACAUACCUUCCUGAAUCAGAGUCUGAUUUCUUUGAAGGAUUUCCUGCAAGAUACUGGCUCCCAGCUUUCUUCUUCCCACAAGCCUUUCUUUCUGCUGUGCUUCAAGACUAUGGAAGAGCCCAAGGAAUCUCUAUGGAUGGCCUCACUUUUACCCACCAUGUGACUUCUGACACCAGUGACAUCAAAGAUGAGGAGCUCUCCAUAACUAUCCAAAAGAAGCUCAACACAGUCAGGAGAGCCUUUAAGCAGGGCUUGGAUUCCUCUCAUGAAGGAGUUCAUAUUUUUGGCUUAUUCCUUGAGGGAGCACGAUGGAAUCAUGAACAAAAUAUACUAGAAGACUCGCUGCCUCUUGAAAUGUGUUGUGACUUUCCCGACAUAUACUUUAUGCCAACAAAGAUUUCUACUGAAACACCCAAUGCUUCUAACCAGACAGAUUCAGAACUCUAUACUUUUGAAUGUCCAAUUUACCAGACACCUGAGAGGUCAAGAAUUUUUAACACUGGUACUAGUCUACCAACAAACUUUCUGACAUCAGUGUAUUUACCAACGGCAAAACCUCCUAGUCACUGGAUCACCAUGCAGGUGGCAUUGCUGUGUGAAAAGAAUGAAUGAAAAAUAAACUUCCAUACCAAACCA